AUGAGAACUGUUACAAUCUCCUUACUUCCACUUCUUCUUGUCAUUACGACUUUCUGUUUUGGUUUUUGCAAUGGCAAUGCCAACGUGCUUUGCAUUGAAAGUGAGAGAGAAGCCCUUUUGAAGUUCAAGAAUGAUCUCAUUGAUCCUUCAAACAAGCUAUCUUCUUGGGUUGAAGGUGGUGAUUGCUGUGAAUGGAUUGGUGUCGUCUGCCAUAACUUAACAGGCCACGUCCACCAACUACACUUGGCUGCUCCUUCUUCACCUCCUAAUGAUGAUGCAUCACUUGCUGAAAUGGAAGAUUACGAAAGAUCAAAGCUAGGAGGCAAAAUAAAUCCUUCUUUGCUCGAGUUGAAGCAUCUCAGCAUCCUAGACUUGAGCAAAAACAAUUUUAGCACCAUGCAAAUCCCGGGGUUUUCGGGAGAAAUUCCUCACAGCCUUGGGAAUCUCUCAAAGUUGUAUUAUCUUGAUCUUCGAGGUGAUAAUUGGUGGCCGAAGGAUCUCGAAGCGAACAGUCUUCAAAGGGUUUCCGUACUAUUUUUCUUGCAGUACCUUGAUUUGAGUCAUGUGGAUCUUAGUGAAGCAACUGAUUGGUUACAGGUAACGUUCAAACAUCCUUCUUUGUUAGAGUUGCACUUGUCAGAUUGCAAUUUAGCAGAUGAUUCCUCUCCCAUCAGUGUUAACUCUUCAAAAUCACUAGCUGUUCUUGAUCUUUCUUGGAACUACAACUGCUUAUCUUCAAUACCUAUGUCGAUAUUCAGUCUUCAUGGUCUUGUGUCCAUUGAUCUUGCUUCCAGCUCUUUGAAAGGCCCAAUUCCAGACUACUUCGGGAACAUCUCGUUUCUUGAAGUUCUUGAUCUUAGUUUCAACAAAUUCAAUUCAUCCAUACCUGACUCCUUGUAUAGUUUAAACCAUCUUCGAUUCCUUAGUCUUAGUUUUAAUUACUUAGUAGGUAAAAUUUCGAGUGCCAUCGGAAACUUAAGCUCUCUUAUUCACCUUGAUCUUUCGUAUAAUAUGCUGGAGGGAAGAUUACCAACCUCUUUGGAAGAUCUUUGCAAUUUGAAGGAGGUGAAUUUGUCAUAUAAUAAAAUUGAUCAAGACAUAUCAGAAAUCCUACAGAGUCUGUCCAGAUGUAGUUUGAAUUGCUUAGAGUCACUGAAUUUGGGAACUAACCAACUUUCUGGCCUUUUACCUGAUAAACUCGGGCAAUUUAAGAAUUUAGCUUACCUGUCCCUUGCUCAAAACAACAUUUCUGGUCUAAUACCUAUGUCCAUAGGAGAGUUAUCAUCUUUGAAGUCUAUUGAUGUUUCUGAAAAUCAAUUAAAUGAUACAUUUCCUCCAAGAGUUGUUUCAGAAACCCACUUUUCUAAUCUCACGAGGUUGACAACUUUGUCGGCAUCCGGAAACAUGUUGAGAUUUGAACCAAACUCAAGCUGGGUUCCCUCGUUUCAAUGUGAAACUAUCGAAUUACAUCGAUGGCAUCUUGGCCCAAGGUUUCCCCAGUGGUUAAAGUUCCAAAAGAAAUUGUCCGGUUUAGAUAUUUCUCAUGCAGGAAUUUCAGAUGUCAUACCAACUUGGUUUUUGAAUAUUUCUGCUCAAUUUAACUAUGUAAAUCUUUCCUCUAAUCAACUUAUUGGAGGGAUUCCAUACUUGAAUGUACGAGAGACUCUUGACUUGAGUUCAAACCGAUUGACAGGUCCAUUGCCAAGAGUAUUCCCAACCUUAGAAGAUUUAAUUUUGUCAAAUAAUUCAUUUUUAGGAUUCCUUUCUGAAUUUGUUUGCAACUCAUCAGAACAAAGAUGGAUGAGAAUUCUUGACAUUGAUACAAACCUUCUUCCGGAGAAAUUCCAGAUUGUUGGAAUCGUUGGCAGCAAGUGA